AUGAGCGAGAGUGACAGGUAUUUAGGUCAUCAAAAAUGCAAGAACACCUAAAAAUUUUAAUUUUUCCGUCUUGUUUAGUGUCGUAACCCUGCCUUCUGCCGAAUUCGAGCUCAUCGAGGAACAGGACGUGGUUUCCAUCGAGUCCUACAUCUUGAACGCCCUGAAAGAAGACUCCUUUGCCCCGCUGAAUCCGAUAAAGAUCCUCAAGACCCAAGAAAUCUCCGAUUUUUCGAUGAGCACCUACUUCGACUCAUCGACCAGCGAAACCAACCAAGAGAAUAUUGGGAAUGAGUUCUUUUACCCCACAGUUCUGAUGAUUUCUACAUUUGGAGCACUGUCUUUUUUGGGCCCAACCAUUCUUGGCCCUUGGAUGGGGAGUUUUUUCCAAAUUUUCGUCGUUUUUGGAAUCUGGGAGUGGCUUCAAUUGUAUGGCGACAACUUUGAUCGACGAAAUGUAUGCUGAAUUUUAUUGGUACAUGAUUUUAGUGAAGCUUCGAAGCUGCACUCUGUAGAAUUUUUGAAAUGAUCCUAUAAUUUUUUGUCAUACAUUUUCAGAAGUUCCACAUGGACGUGGCCAAUGUCCUGGAGACCUCGAAAGCCUUUGAUUUCAAUUUGCCGCCGGAUUUGGAGGGAACAACACCUUGUUGUGGGAGGUUUGUAAAGCCAGAGGAACCCAUCUUGAAAAAGAUUUUCAACGCGAAUUCGGAGCAAGAAAAGUUGGAUAAGGUGAGCGUUUACUGUAUUUAUUAAUUUUUUUGACUUAUUAAGGCUCUAAAAAGCUUUGAUUUUCAGUUCUAUGCUGCUCAUUAUGGUCCGGAGUAUCGGACUGGAAAGAAGGCGAUGAUUGAGAAAAAGCUGAUGGAUGAUAUGAAAAGGAAGAAUCCAGAGAAAUCACCGAGCAAAAUGAAACGAGAAACUCCACUUUGA